ACCAAAAAAAUGUCGAAGAAACGGGCAGAGCUCCGGAGCCUGAAGGCCGCUGUGGAUCAGCAGCUGGCGGUGGUCGCUCAAGAGAUCUUUUGGCUGCUGCAGGAGCGCGGCCGGGCGGAGCUGGAGGAGCUGAGGCGGCUCCUGACGGAGCGGAUCACUGCGGCCGUGGAGCUCAUCCUCACCGCUUUUGAGGCGAGCAGAGCGGCCAACGUACAACCGCAGGAGCUCGACGGGAGUCAGAGAGUGGAGCAGAAAGAGCUGCGUCUGUCUGUUGGCAUCAGGAGUGUCUCUGAGGACGAACAUCUGACUCCAGACGUCUCAGCGGACGACCGACCGAAGGAGUCUUUGCCUGGCACUUCCUCCAGAACAGAGAUCGACUGUGACGAUCCAAUUGGAGACGACGACGAUGAGGAUGAUGAUGAGGAAGCGAUGCCUCACUGUUGCAGAGUUUGUGGGAAGUCAUUCGACAGGAAAGGCUUCCUGAUGAAACAUGUGGAAAAACACUCAAAGGAUGACGACUGUGUGUGCGGUCUGUGUGGUGAGCGUUUGGAAUCCAGCAAUGGUCUGAGGCUGCAUCUUCAGAUGCACCGUGACAGCAGCAGGACCUGCGAUGUCUGCGGGAAGAAAUUUCCAUCAAUCCGAGCACAAGAGACACACCGCAGGCUGCACACGGGGGAGAAACCCUUCAGCUGUCACGUGUGCGGAAAAGAAUUCAACCAAAAGGGCAACAUGGUGACACACAUGAGGAUCCACACGACCGAGAAGCCGUUCACCUGCAACUUUUGCCGCAAAGAGUUCAGCCAUGCUGGCUCUCUGGAGCGGCACAUGAAGGCCCACGAUGGACAGACGCCAUUCUGCUGCAAAGUCUGUGGGAAAGGCUUCGCUAAAAGCGCUGAGCUUAGGCAGCAUGUCCGAAGCCAUGAGUCCAACGAGCAGCCUGCCGCCACGAGCAGGCGUAGAAAGCCAUGUCUGACUCCGUCGCACUGCUGCAAGGUCUGCGGCAAUGCCUUUCACAACAAAGGUAACUUUGUGCGUCAUGCAGAGACACAUUUAAACAGUGCAGAGUUCCUGUGCGGUGUCUGCGGAGAGCGUUCUGAGUCCUCAGAGAGUCUCCAGCUGCACAUCCAGAGUCACAGAGAAACCAGCCGCAUCUGCGACAUCUGCGGUGUCAGCUUCAGGGACAUGGAGAUCCACAUGAGGACUCACACAGGACAGAAACCCUUCAGGUGCAAAGACUGCGGCAAAGACUUCCCUCGCAAAGGCUCUCUGGAGCGACACCUGAAGCUGCAUGCUGGCGAGCGGCCAUAUAUCUGCGAGUUCUGCGGAAAAACCUUCAUCGAAAACACCGUCCUGAAAAGGCACAUCAAGAGCCACACGGGGGGGAAACCUCGCAUUUAUUCCUGCGAGGUCUGCGGUAAGAAGUUCACCAUGAGCCAGCAUUUGGACGUGCACAAGAGGAUCCACACUGGUGAGAAGCCCUACACCUGCAGGGUCUGUGGGAAGAACUUCAGGCAGAUCGGCAACCUGGACUCCCACAUGAGGAUCCACACAGGUGAGAAGCCGUUCAUCUGCAGCCUCUGCGGAAAGAGGUUCCGCCAGAAGAUCUCGCUCGAGACACACGAGAGGUUCCACAAGAAGGAGAAACCGUUCAGCUGCCAGCUGUGCAGCAAAGGCUUUGUUCAGAAGAUCGACCUCAAGAGACACAUGCUGACGCACACUGGCGAGAAGCCAUACAGCUGCCACGUCUGUGGGAAAAGCUACCAGGAGAAGCGCUCGGUGGAUUCGCACAUGAAGGUCCACACCGGAGAACGAGCCACCAAAGACCCGACUGCAGCGCCAACCCUGAAGCAUCAGGAAGGCGUUCACCCAAACUUCAUCCAGCUGUGAGCUGCAGCUCAACCAGGAACACCAGCAUCACUGCGGCAUCGCACCAGUGUGAGACCAGUUUCAGCUGCUGGUGUGUCUUCUGACAGUAUCAGCUGCAGGAAUCCGCUUCAUGUUAACGUUCCUCCAGCGUUGCAGCUGUUUGAUCCGACAGGCAAACUCAGGUUUGUUUACUGUUUACUGUCUGAUACGCCGGCGGUUCUUUAAACUCCUGGUUCUGACUGGUGUCUGGGAACAUCUUCCUGAUUGGCUGUUUCCACUGCAAAACAUCCAGGAACCAGACAGGACUGGAUCCAUCAGAAUGGAAACACAAAUGAGAAUGUGCAGAAUAGACCAUUGCAUGACAGAACAUCUCUGAGCUCAGAGUUUCUCUGACUGUUGGAGUUUGGACAUGAAUGAAGUGGUGACUGCAGGACCUAUUGAUCUGUGAGAGCUGCAGCGAUCAGAAAAAAUAUCCUCAAAAUAUAUUCAUCAUCAGUCAUUUAAUUAUUAAUAAAAUAAAUUGUUUUAAAGAAAAA